CAGGUGGCCUGGGAGAAAGUUUGGGAGGUGUUUGCUUGGCAAGCCGCUMACACAGCAAACUAGAAAAACCUCGGGAACUUUGCAGCAAAUCUUUUCAUCCAAAUAAGCUGCAAAGAUGGUUCAGUUGGGAGGAAUUAAGCUACAGGCUCCUAUCGACCUACCGAUAAACAUGCCUUUUGAUACGUCAAAAAUACCAGAUCUUGAUCAGAUAAAAGAGACUUUGAAAGAUCCGAAAAAGUUGUUUGUAAAGAAUCUUGUAAAGCUUGGUUGGACUAAAACUCAAUGCUUACGCCUGCGCCAGAGUUAUGUUUGUUCUAGGUCUUGUCUCCAAUGUGUACGUAUUUGCUUAUCACGUAUUCCUAUCAUCUCAUUGGCUGCUACAUUAUUCUUAAUCAUUGGCUACACGGGCUUCAGUGUGGGACUAUAUGAAGCUGUAUUUCAUCUAAACAAAUGGCUUAAAAUGGACGUCAUUACCAAUACCAGGAAGUACAUCAUGUACCUUGGAAUAUUUCUUGGUUCGUUGUCUGGUCUUGCUUUACUUCAUGGAUUUGCAGCAACUGGAAGAACAAGGUACACCUUUUACUCGGGAUGGAAAUCCAAAUGCUGUGGUCGUUGCUGUAUUCUCUCGCUAUUUUUCGGUCACUCACUGAUAUGGUUAAUAUGGACAAUCAUCGGUCCAGUCCUACUCUUCCCACUAAUCUUCAUGGGGAUUGGGUUCGCCGUUUGCCAAGUGAAACUCGUCAAGCAACUUGGCAAGACGUGUAUCGAGUUCGAGGAAUACGGCGUUGCUGACCUAGUUAACGUAGAUAAAGUGUGUGGAUAUGAACUAGCAGAAUUCUGUUCUGGUAUAAGCCCUGCAACGCCGUAUUUUGCUGUGACAUUCGUUGGAGCUAUAUUUAUCAUUAUUGGUGUGUUCAUCAUGCUAGUCGCUUUAAUCGUAAACUUACUUCAAGUACACAAGCAUCAAAAAGAAAACCUGCCAUCAGAAUGGUCAACAUGUAAAGCAUGUUGUCGUGUCGAAGACCCAGAGAAGUACGACGACUGUUGGCCGGAGCCACCUGUCGAAGAGGUUCAAGUAUCAAUGAGAGAGAAACUCAGGCUCAAUCAGAAGACACAAGAAGAAGACGAACCGAACCCACACGGACAACAAGAAUGGUCGUAUAUUUAUGAUUUUGAGAAAGAAACAGCGUAUGUUGGUAAAAAAUACUAGAAGGCUUCCACGCAGACCAAAUUUGGUUCGCACUUUAAUAAUACGCAUGCGUAGUUAAGACCAGGUGUUUGUUUUACUCCAUAAGAGAGAACAUUUGUCAAAGAUGUAUUGAAAUGGAAGGGUCAGUCCCUCAAUGGUCAGACCCUCAAUGGUCAUCCCCUCAAAUCGUUGGUGAAUGAUUUAACUUUCCGUGUAUUUUCUGUGCGAAAAAUUCGAGAAAAACGUUCAAAAGUCUAUGCAUGCAUUUUAGUCAUAAACAAACUUGCUACACCAACAAUGAUCAAAGAUACGGACUAGGCAUUUGGAGAUGAAAACAUUUGUUUGCGCAGUACACUUGGCGCAACAUAACAACCUUGAGUCUAAUAUUUUCUCUUAGCUUUGAGAAUCUUUGUUUUGUUUUGAAGAAGAUCUGUUACGGGCUGUUUUCAAUUAAAAAUAUAUCAUUAUUUCUCGGAACAAAAUCUGCAAAAGAAAUAAGCAAAAACAGCACAAGAUGGAAAUGGAAUAAUCCUGAUAAACAAUAAAUUCUACAAGAUGUCCUUCUCCCGUGUCAGAGAAAAAAAUCUCGCAAAGGUU